AUGCGCCUUGUAACGCGUAAUGGCGGGUCAUCCGGAGGCGCAAGUUUGCCGGACGGCCCGCCGCCUUUUCGGUGCUACUCCCCGCGGAUUCUGCAUGUUUUCGCGCAGCGGAGAAAUGACGCUGCAGUUCCACCUGUUCCCGCGCAACGGCGCGAUGACGUGGCGGUUCUGCCCGUUCUCGCGCAGGGAAAUGACGCGGAGCUUUUGCUUGAUACCGCGCAAGCGGAAGGGGUUCCGCGGGUCGGGGGAGAAGCGGUUAAGGAUGAGCAGGGGGAAGGGGGGAAGAAGCGGGAUGUGGCGGAAGCAGGGGGAUGCCGCGGGGAGGGCGGCGGGGCAGGUGGCGGGGAGGGUGGCGGGGCGAGGCUAUGGGGCGGUGAGACUGAGGGAGUGAUGAUGGGGGUGCUUGGCGGUGGGAUGGGGGAUGGUCGCAUGGGGGUUUGCGGGAUAGAGGGAGGAAGAGGAUGCGCGGAAGGGUUACACGCGGGGGGGAAAGAGGUGGUUGAAGGGCAAGAUGUGGGGGAGGGGGGAGAGGUGGGGGAGGGGGGAGAGGUGGGGGAGGGGGAAGAGGUGGGGGAGGGGGGAGAGGUGGGGGAGGGGGGAGAGGUCGGGGAGGGGGAAGAGGUGAAUGAAGAUGGGGAUGGGGAGGAGUAUGAAGUGGUGUGUGUGGGGGAGUGUGUAGGAGAGUGUGGGUUGGAGUGUGUGUGGGAGUGUGGGAGGGAGAGUGAGGGGGAGCGUGGGAGAGAGUGUGAGGAAGAAGAGGAGGAGGAUGAUGAUGUGGUGGAAAUUCCAAUAGGGGACAAUAGGUGGCGGGAUAUUAACGAGUUAUCUGGUGAAAGUGGGAAGGAGAAGGAAGAGUUGACGAGGGAGGAAAGGGAAGAGGGAAAAGGGAGAGAGAAGGGGAAAAGAACGGUGGAGAAGGAGAGAGGGGAGGGGAAGAAGAAGCAGAGGGAGGAGGAGAGGGAGAGGGAGGAAGAGAGAGGGGAGGCGGGGCGUGAGAAGCGCUAUGUGUGCAAAGAGUUGCCGGCUCCUUCCCUCCCCUCUUGCCGCCUGCCCCUCUUGCCGCCUGCUCCGUUGCCCGUUCUGCAGCAAAGGCCGCGUGUGGGUUGCCUCAAGGCCUUCAACUCACUUUUGCCACUAACGGCCUGCCCCUCUGCCCACGAUUGCGCCCCGUCUUCCCCUCUUACCGCCUGCCCCUUUGCCCAUUCUGCAGCAGCGCUCGUUCGUGUGCCCGCGUCUCCCGUGCCCGCACCAUCCGCACUGCACCCGAGCAUUCAAGCACCAAGACGCCCUGCUCCCGUGCCCUCAUCAUCCGCACUGCACCCGAGCAUUCAAGCACCAAGACGCCCUGCUCCCAUGCCCUCAUCAUCCGCACUGCUCCCGAACAUUCAAGCACUGAGACGCCCUGGUGUGCCAUGUGAGGACGGAGGAUUUGCAGCUCAAUCGAUGGUUCUUGUAUUUCCUUCCUCUCCCUGCUGCCUUCCCCACCCCCACCCAACCAAUCACCAGCUCCUGUGCCCUCAUAACCCCCAUUGUCCCCGAUCAUUCAAGCACCGAGAUGCCCUGGUGUGCCAUGUACGGAUCGAACACUGCGGGGAAUGGGGGAGAGGGGAGAGGCUGCAGCAUGCUUUGGGGCAGCACUGGGAGGAGGGGGGAAGUGGGAAGAAGCUGAAGCAUGGAGCAGCAGAGCAGGGAGCAGCAAAUCAGGAAGCAGCAACUCAAUCACUGCGUGCGAAGGAGGGCAGCAUAACAGGAGCAGCGGUGCAAAUUCACGGGAAGAGCAGAGAUGGUGGAGGAGGGAGGGCGGCAGAGCAAGGAGCAGCAGAGCAGGAAGCAGCAACUCAAUCCCUGCGUGUGAAGGAGGGCAGCAUAAUAGGAGCAGCGGUGAAAAUUCACGGGGAGAGCAGUGAUGGUGGAGGAGGGAGGGCGGCAGAGCAGAAAGCAGCAACUCACUCCCUGUGUGUGAAGGAGGGCAGCAUAAUAGGAGCAGCGGUGAAAAUUCACGGGGAGAGCAGUGAUGGUGGAGGAGGGAGGGCGGCAGAGGUACUGAUCCGUGCAGAGCUGCAGAGGCCGGUCGUUCGUGGUGCUUCUCUCCUCUUCAACCUGCAUGUGUUUCCAGAAGACUACCAGUUACAGAGGCACCUGAUCGCUCCUGCCCAUCUGCAGAGCAUCCAUGCCCUCAUCCCCACUGCCCUCGGGCAUUCACGCGUCGAGAUCACAUGGUGCGUCAUGCAAGAGCGCUGCAUAGGGGGAGUGGGUGUGGGUUAA